AAAAUUGUUUGCAAUCAUAAUCAGACGAUAGAAUUGUUUAAGGUGAUUGUCUCUACUGGAUAUUCAUUCGAAUUUCCAUUGGCUGAAAGAGGAGAACUGAUUCCAGUGAAGGACAAUGAAGUGAAUCUUUACAAACUUAUGUAUCCACCUCAGUUAGCUUCCAAGAACACGUUAGCGGUUAUAGGUCUAAUUCAGCCUUUCGGCUCCAUAAUGCCAGCAUCCGAGAUGCAGGCUCGACUCUUUUUUAGCGUAUUAUCGCAACAAACUCACCUACCGUCAUUUGAUCAAAUGCAACAAGAGAUCGAUUAUUAUAAAACACAAUUGCGGAAACAGUUCGUCCACAGCAGACGUCAUACUAUUGAGGCUAAUUACAUCGCAUAUAUGGAUGAGCUGGCCAGUCUGAUCGGGGCUAAACCAAACUUGACGAAAUUGUUCUUGACGGAUCCAAAACUGGCUUGGAAGGUACUCUUCGGACCGGCUGUUUCCUAUAUAUAUCGUAUUCAAGGACCACAUCGUUGGAGUGAUGCUCGACAGGCCAUAAUGACGGUGCAAGAACGUUGCCUUGCACCAACCCAAAAACCUUUUGCACAAUGA